AAAGGCAUCAGACUAAGUAUAUCCAGCAUUAUAAGUGAAUUUCAGGUACUUUAAAGAUGGUCUCUGAUUCUUUGCUUUUUCAGAUAAUCAGAAGCUUGGCAAAGUUUACCCUGCAAGCGGGAAUGGUGUAUCAAAUAUCACCCGGUAAGCAGAAAGUGCAGCCCAUCCCAGAAGCAAAGAACGAGGAGAUCAAUGGCGGCAGUGAUGGCUCUAUAAGCCCAACCGAUUCUAUCAUCUCAGAUAUUGAAUCCAAUACUUCAUGGAUGGAGGACCACCCUUCUGCGUUGGGCUCUUUUGAGCGGAUGAUGAAGGCAGCCAAAGGGAAGAAGAUUGCUGUGUUCUUAGAUUACGAUGGAACUCUGUCUCCAAUUGUUGAUGACCCUGAGAAAGCCUACAUGUCGGAAGAGACGCGUGCGGCCGUGCGUGAAGUUGCAAAAUAUUUUCCAACAGCUAUAGUGACUGGUAGGAGCCGAGAGAAGGUGAAGCGAUUUGUGCAGUUGAGUAAUGUGUAUUAUGCUGGAAGCCAUGGAAUGGACAUUAAGGCACCACCGAGGCCGGUGAAGUCGUCUGAUGGCAAGUAUCAUACCGGUAGCCCCGGUACGAAGGGGAAUGAAGUUGUGUUUCAGCCUGCUAAGAAGUUUUUGCCUGCGAUUCAAGAGAUAAUCAGGGAGUUGGAAGGAGAAACAAAGAAAAUAGCAGGAGCCAGAGUUGAAGACAAUAUAUUCUGCGUUUCUGUACACUUUCGACAGGUCCGACAGGAGGAUUUCAGUAUGUUGCAGGAGAAAGUGAAAUCUGUACUGAAAAAGCAUCCAGAAUUUCACUUGAAUGAGGGCAAGAAGGUCAUGGAAAUUCGACCAUCGAUUGAGUGGAACAAAGGUCACGCCCUUGAAUAUUUAUUGGAAACUCUGGGCUUGAGCAAUUCCAGCGAUGUUCUUCCUCUCUACAUAGGCGAUGAUCUAUCUGAUGAAGACGCUUUCAAGGUUAUAAAGGGCAGAGGACAAGGGUUUCCCAUUAUUGUAUCUUCAGUUCCAAAGGAUACUAAAGCUUCAUAUUCACUAAAUGAUCCUUCAGAAGUACGCACUUUCUUAUUGCGCCUAGCAAGAUCGAGCAAAUCUUCUUCUUCUAACUAAACAUUAUUCUCAAAUAUGGGGUAUAGGUUAUUGAGCUCAGACUGAAUUUUAUCAUGGUCUGAAUAUGCUUCGGUAUUUUGUGUAUUGAAUAGACUGUACAUUGUGCAAGUCCUCAAUCAGAAUUAGACUUUUUUUUUUUUUUUUUUAUGAUGAAAAGUUGGUGACAGAAACAGACUGUAGUUUGUACAAGUCCUCAAUUAGAAUUACAGACUUUUUUUUUU